AUGCAGGAUCCGAACGACGAUCCCACUUCCCACAAUCUUCACAAAGACCGCGGAAGAUGGAUCAUGGAUCCUUUUUCCUUUGCAAGUUCCGAUGCUGUUGAGAUCCCCGUUAAUAUAAAAAUGAAAGUCCGCCGCGAAACUACUCCUCACUCUGACCUCUAUGUUACCGUACAGUUGUGGGCAGAUUCCAAGCCACUUACGGUGCCUGUCCAAACCGCUUACAAGCCCUUUCGAAAUGAAAGAAAAUGGAACGAGUGGCUCACGCUUCCUAUUAACUACUCAACUCUACCGUUAAGCUCGCAGCUUGCUAUUACACUCUGGGAUCUAUCGCCCGCUGGAGGAGAGGGAGCACAGGGACACGCAAUACCAUUCGGUGGGACUACCCUUCGUUUGUUUGACCAGGAAAAUCAACUUCAGAAGGGCCGGCAGAAAUGCUACGUGCAUCGUCGCAAAGCCGCAGAUGGCCUGGACUCGACUUCCACUCCAGCAAGCCUCCCAAAGGUUCGCCGGGAUGGAUCCAAGGGAAAAGAAACUACAGAAACCGCAGACAAAGAGAGUGAGGAGUUGGACCGGCUCGAAAAACUGUUCAAGAAGCAUGAAAUGGGGGAGAUACCACGAGUUGAAUGGCUUGAUCAGCUGGUAUUCCGAGGGGUUGAGAAGAAAGGCUUGCGGGCCUCCAGUACGUCUCUAAAAGCACUUCAGAGACGACACUCUCGAGAACGAAGCACUGUCAUGACGCUGGACGGAACGGGAGAGAAGCCGGCAAAGCAAAACCAGGACGAAGCAUCGAUCGAAGAUGAACGAUUUACUUUGUAUGUCGAAUUACCACGGUUCGACUUUCCGAUUGUAUUUGCCGAUCAUGAGUACCCACCGCCUCCUAUAUCCUCCCUACAGCAUUUGUCAUCUUCACAAUCUAUUUCUCUCAGACCACCGCCCGAAGUUCAGUAUGGUCCAGGGAUUAACGGACUAGGAGACAACGACGAUCACGGAUUUGGAGGUCGUCUCGUACGUGUGUUCGAUCCUGAAGUUGGGGCAAGAGACAACCCGGCAGAAAGCAAGCAUCGACGUCUUGUGAGAAGUCAUCGCACUGGUGUUCUGGACAGGGAUUUGAAGCCGAAUGCAAAGGUCAGAGAUGAGCUUAACGGCAUCAUGGCAUAUUCGCCUACCCACAUACUCUCUCCUGAGGAGAAAGAUCUCGUGUGGAAAUUCCGGCAUCACUUGACCCGAGACAAGCGAGCUAUGACCAAGUUCGUCAAGUCCGUCAACUGGAGUGAUCAGAGCGAAUCGCGGCAAGCUGUACAGAUAUUAGCUAAGUGGACUGAAGUCGACGUUGACGAUGCCCUGGAACUACUUGGUCCUACGUUCGUCAACCCCGCUGUAAGAGCCUAUGCUGUCGAACGUCUUCGAAAAGCCGACGACGACGAGCUCUUGCUAUAUCUUCUGCAAUUAGUGCAAGCCCUAAAGUUCGAGAAGAUCUCACCAGACUCUAACACGGACGCAACCUCAGAUUCCUCGCUUGCAAAGUUCCUCAUAUCUCGCGCAACCAACAACUUCUUACUUGGAAACUAUUUCCACUGGUAUCUGAUGGUAGAGUGCGAUGACAAGAGUGAAGACCAAGCGGCAUCAUACCGGAAACUUUUCGCAAAGGUCGAGUAUGAUUUCAUGAUGGAGCUAGUGAAACUUCCAGGUGGGAAAGAGACUCGCAAAAUCUUGCUACGACAAGCCGAGCUCGUCACAGUCUUGUCUAAAAUUUCCAUGGAUAUCAAAGUAUCACGAGAAGCCAUACCUAAGAAGGUCGAGCGGGUUAAAGUGUUCCUGGCAGAUCCAAAGAACGAGAUCAUUACGAUUGAUCCACCGAUACCGUUGCCUCUCGACCCAUCGGUAAUGAUUACAGGGAUCGAUCCUGCCAACACCCUCGUGUUCAAGUCGUCGCUGUUCCCAGUGAUGGUAACAUUCAAGACACUGUCCAAACAGAAGUACCAAAUCAUCUUCAAAACCGGAGACGAUCUCCGACAGGAUCAAUUGGUUAUUCAGAUCAUCACUCUCAUGGACCAGCUACUACAAAAAGAGAACCUAGACCUGAAGCUGUCACCAUACAAAAUUCUUGCUACUGGAGCCACUGCCGGAGCAGCCCAGUUUGUCCCUUCCAUGAGUCUCCAAAGCAUCGUCAACAAGUUCAGAGGCAACACCGUCCUCGCCUACCUGAAGUCCAACAACCCAGACGAUGCAGCACCUCUCGGGGUCCGCAAAGAAGCUCUCGACAUCUUCAUCAAGUCUUGCGCUGGCUACUGCGUAAUCACCUACCUCCUCGGCGUCGGUGACCGCCACCUCGACAACCUCCUUCUCGCCCCCGACGGCCACUUCUUCCACGCCGACUUUGGUUUCAUCCUCGGCCGCGACCCCAAGCCCUUCGCACCCGCCAUGAAGCUCUGUAAAGAGAUGGUCGAUGGCAUGGGUGGUUCCUCCUCAGAAUACUACCGCCAGUUCAAGCAGUACUGCUUUACAGCCUACACCACUCUGCGCAAAUCCUCGAAUUUGAUUCUCAACCUGUUUAGUUUGAUGGUUGAUGCGAAUAUCCCUGAUAUCAAGAUUGAGCCGGAUAAAGUCGUGCUAAAGGUUAAGGAGAGAUUCCAUUUGGAGUACACUGAGGAGGAGGCGAUUAGGCAUUUUGACACGUUGAUUGAGGACAGUUCGAAUGCGAUUUUCCCGGUGGUCAUUGAUCGUUUGCACGGGUUUGUGCAGCAUUUUAGGGCGUGA